AUGGCAUCAUCAUUAUCGUCGUCAAACUCAUCACUAGAUAAAAUUAAAUGCCAAUCUAAUACAAAUUGUAAAAAAACUGGUAUAUCGGUCUGUAAUGGCUGUAAAAACCAGUAUUGUGCUGAACAUUUGGUUGAGCAUCGUCAUUAUUUAUAUGAGCAACUUCAAGAUGUCUUAAGCGAGAAAGAAUUGUUUGGUCAAGAAGUCCAGUCACCAUCACUCGAUGAAUCAUCUGCUAAGCGACAAAAUGGUCUGUUUAAAGAAAUUGAUGAAUGGGAAACUGAAAUGAUCGAUGCAGUAAAACGAACCGCUAAAAAUGGUAGAAAAAUUAUUCAAAAAUUAGCUAACGCAGAAAAACAUAAAGUACGUGAAAAUUAUGAUGAAUUAAGUAAAGAAAUUAGUGAAAGACUAGAACAGGAUGAUUAUUAUGAAUAUGAUAUUGAACGAUUGAAAGAGGAAAUUGAAACAUUGAAACAGAAAUGGAAUGAUUCAAUGACAAAAACGAAAAUGACACAAAUUCAAAUUAAUUUUAAGGAUAUCGAUUGGUCAAAAAUUCUCGAAGUAACAGCAGAAAAUAAAGGAAAAAAGAACAAAAUAGAUGAUUCAGAACAAAAGAUAACUGAAUAUAAAACAACUUCACAGGAAACGUUUGGUGAAGUAUGUGGAACCAUUGAAGUUCGAGAAAAUGGUAGUCUUGCUUGUAAUGUCAACAAGGAUUUUUUCGGUUGUCAUUCGUCCGUAUUUGGAACCAAUCUCUAUUCGACUGACAUCCAUGCAAUUCCAAUGAGAAUUGAAAAAAUGACAAACUGCAUGUUUUUUGGAAUUAUAUCUGCUACAACAGCACAUACAAGCAAUCGAUCCUACAAACUACACACAUCUUAUGGGUGGGAUACUUACAAAAAACAUGCUUAUUUAAAUGGUAAUCGCAAAGAUGACUAUAAUAAUUGGGAUGGUAAUAUUAUUGAAGCAGAUAUAAUUGUGUUACUAAUAGAUUGCAAUGAAAAACGAAUUCAAUUAGUAAAUAAUCGUACUAAAAGUCAAUAUGAAAUGCCGAUUGAUAUUAAAUGUUGCCCAUUUCCGUGGAGAUUAAAUGUCAAUAUUGGUGGUCAUGACAAUCGUAUACGUAUUUUACACAAAGAAAAACUCGAAGUUCAUCAAACUUAA